UUUAUUUAGUUAAUAAUUGAUUGAGAAUCCUAUGAUAUAAUACUAUAAAUUAUUUGUCACACAAACGGAAAUAAAGUUUUUUUAUGUUUGAGAAAUAAUACUUUUAUAAAUCCUGUUCAACAAAAUCUAAUUUAUUAUUUAUAUAAAAGUUUAUUAAGUAAAAUAUUAUUUACAUAUAAAUAUAAUGUUUUCAAAAUUUAUAUUAAAUCCCUAUUUAACAAUAUGUGUCAUCAUUACAACAUUGAUGACAUUAUCAUCACUGGGACAGGAGGUGGACAAUCAAAGAAUGUAUCGUUCCCGUGACUAUGAACCCGAACUGCCACAAACGCGAACAUCAAUUGAUCGUAAUGGCAAUAAAAACAAGACGGCACCGGGAGGUCAAAUAAUACCGACGGUAGUGUUUCCCGAUUCACCAUUGUCAUCAGACGGGCGAUCGUCAGCAUCGGAACCGUACGGAUGUUCCCGAUGUUUGGACAAAAAUUUGUUGCUUCACUAUCGGGAAAUGAAUUGCACGCCAAUUACGGGAGAGUUUGUCUGCCGUAAGCCGUGUCCGAAAUACUAUGUUUGUCCGAAAAAACGUGAUCCAAUCGAUCAGACAAUCAGGGGCUGUGAAUAUCGCGGUCGGGUUUAUGGUAUUGGAGAUCAACUAUCGCUGGACAACCCGUGCAAAAGGAACUGCUAUUGCGAUGCCAAUGUCGACACAUACACCAACAGAUCACAGCCGACCAUCAGAUGUGCUGAAGUUGAUUGUAUUAAUCGGCAAACAGCAGGCGGUAGUAAAACAAACUGUUUCAAUGUAUAUGAGCCAAACAAAUGUUGUCCGCGAUUACACUGUCCCAGUGUUUCAGAAUCGCAAACCAAGUGUCUGUAUCAUCAAAAAGAGUACCGAUUAGGUGAAACCAUAUACUUGAAAGAGGAUCCCUGUCUACAGUGCACCUGUACCAAAGACUGGAAUCCUCGUUCACCAAUUAAUAACAGCACCGGUAACUGUCAGCCAGUCAAAUGUUAUAUGGACUCUAAUGAGAAAUUCAGGGCCGGCUGUGUUCCCAUUUACUAUGAGAACAGGUGCUGUCCUAUCGACUAUCACUGCCCGCCACCCGAAGAGCACUAUUGCGUGUUUGGCAACAAAAAGUAUCAAAUCGGCGAAACACUGGACACUAUCGGUCGCAAUGAUCGGACUCAAUGCCAAUGUCUUGUACCGCCACAGUUGACAUGCAUUGAAAGGCCAUCAUUGAAAAGAAAUGGUACUCAAGGGUCGAUUAAUCUUCAACUAAGACGACAAACCAUCAAUGAAAAGACUAGUUUAUUGUCGUCGUCGUCUUCGGCGGCCAACAACAACAGUUUGUCCACUAAUAAACAGUCGUCGAUUGUCUUUGAAAACGAUCAGCCAAAGUGUCCACCAUUUUUACCGCAAGGACUGAUGUGCGCCGGUGUUAACUGUACGACAGUAUUGGAUACAAACGGAUGCCAGACAUGUUCCUGCCUUUACGACUGUCCUAUCCUAAAGUGUAAGCCCGGCUGUUAUCUAUCGGUGACCACUCCUGGCCAGUGUUCAAAGUGUUCGUGCAAUUAACUAAAAAGAAUAAUUAUUAUUAUUAUAUUAUUCACAUUAAUCUGUAAUAUGAUUGAAAUUUUGUCAUAUAA